GUGUGUUUGUGUGUGUUCGUCUUAACGAAGCACGAAAUAUGUCUCCUCUCAGCAAAGACGCACACACUAACGGGAGAUGUGCUAGUUAACGGUUUUUUGAUAUUGAAAGUUUUAUUUUUGUCGACUUAAGAUUGUUUCGAUGUUAUACUCUGUAUAUUAAAACAUUCCGCUUGUAAAACGCAAUAUUUAUUGGCCAAGAGCUGCCGACUUCGUUUCUACUAAAGAGUGUCCGCUUCCCCUCCCCUCGAUGAAGCGCUGCGAUGCCCUCUGAUUUUAUAUCCCUCCUUAGCUCGGAUCUCGACCUCAAUUCCCCCAAAUCUCUAUACUCGAAAGGACCUAAUUUAUCUUCUCCUGCUCAUCCUUUAUGACAGAGUCAGUAUAUGACCUCCUACCCAAAGAGCUCCAGCUCCAGCCGUCGUCCACCCAGACAGACCCACCCACCAUGAGCCAGAAGAGUGGGGGAGAGGCGGGCCCUCCCCCCUCUGCAGCCUUGGCCUCAGAUGCCACCUCUUCCACCUCCAGCCCCUCUGCCUCUUCCUCCCUGGCCAUGGGAGUCCCAUCCACUGGCUCUACCUCAUCCUCAGAGCAUCUCAAGAUUCCCCAGCAUCUCCACUCCACUGGAGGGGAUGGAGCUGGAGCUUCAGAGAUUCAAGGUAUGGAGGGUGCUGUGUCUGCCCCCAGCAGAGGCAACAGUGGAGCAAACACUGCAACAGGAGACAUAGGGUCAGGAGUGUUGUCAGGGCUAGGAGUCCAGCAGCCUCAAAACACCCCAUCAAAACGGAGGCCUGUGUUGAGCAUAUCCCCGCCACCUGAGGAUCUAUUUGACGACAGCCAGAUGUCUUGCCAAGAGGAGCCUGCCAUAUCUGGUCCAAUAGGUCCAGAUUCAGAGCAUAGCAGCAGCAUGUGGGCUGAUGACUCCGUCUCCAACUUCAGCUUGAUCAGCUCCAUCUCCUACAAUGACAACACAGAGGUGCCGCGCAAGUCGAGGAAACGCACCCCUCGCCAACGGCCUGGGCCCAAGCCUGCUCCUCCGGAGGACAGCAUGGAUGUGUUUGAUGCUGACAGCGCCAAGGGCCCUCACUUUGUCCUAUCCCAGCUGGGCACAGACAAGACCAGUCCCAUAGCAAGCUCUCUCGAGUCAGGAACUGCAGUGAAGGGUGGGUCACUGUCUACUCAGUUCCCCCAGAGGAGUGAUGGGAAAGAGCUAAAGAUUUUGGUGCAGCCAGAGACCCAGCACAGAGCUCGCUAUCUGACCGAGGGCAGCAGAGGUUCUGUAAAAGACCGCACACAGCAGGGAUUCCCCACUGUCAAGUUGGAAGGAGUGAGUGAACCAGUUGUGCUGCAGGUGUUUGUUGCGAAUGAUGCAGGCAGAGUAAAGCCUCACGGUUUCUACCAGGCAUGCAGAGUGACAGGGCGCAACACCACUGCUUGCAAGGAGGUGGACAUAGAGGGCACCACUGUUAUUGAAAUCCCUCUGGAGCCGAGCAAUGACAUGACACUGGCGGUGGACCGUGUAGGAAUUUUGAAGCUGCGUAAUGCAGAUGUGGAGGCCCGUAUUGGUGUGGCAGGGUCCAAGAAGAAGAGCACACGUGCCAGGCUGGCCUUCAGAGUCAACAUCCCCCAACCUGAUGGAUCAGCCCUUACUCUACAGGUCGCUUCAUCACCCAUCCUCUGCACCCAGCCAGCAGGAGUGCCAGAGAUCCUGAAGAAGAGUCUUCACAGCUGCUCAGUGAGAGGAGGAGAGGAAGUUUUUAUCAUCGGGAAGAACUUUCUCAAAGGAACCAAAGUUAUUUUUCAGGAGAAUAUUGCAGAUGAUAAUUCCUGGCACGCUGAGGCAAAGAUUGACAUGGACCUUUUCCAUCAGAACCAUUUGAUAGUGACAGUCCCUCCGUUCCACAACCAGUCAGUCACUUCUCCCAUUUCUGUGGGAAUAUUCGUGAUGACCAAUGCUGGUAGAUCACAUGAUGCCCAGCCCUUCACCUACACUCCAGACUCAGCUGAUAACUCAAAUGUCCAGACAGUAAAAACAGAGGGACCCUCUCUGGUCAAGACGUGUAUAUUUGAUGGCCAGAUCAAAUCUAUAUCUCCUGAGCAAACUGACAGCUCUGCUCCGCCUUCCAAACGGCAAGAGGACACACCAAUGGAAGUGUCUAGCAAUCCACCAUCGACAGAUGUCUUUAAACCGUCCCCUGACCCUCUUGUUGCGGUGCAGCAGACGCUGGAGCUCCGCUCUAGUCCUCAUCCAGGUGGAGAUUCCUUUCAGAGCCCAAUGCCUCUACAACCUGAAGAUGUGGAGCUUCCCCCGGCGCCCCCUGUCUUCCCCAGCCUAGAGUCUCUCAACACCAUACAAAAGCAAGACAUUGCCCCCACAACCUCCUUCCCAGUGCCAGGCGAUAUUACAAUCCCCCCUGUGACACCAGAGGUCCCUCAACAAUUCCUCAGAGACCCUCAGGACAGCAUACCUCCUGAGAGCUCCAAUAAUAGUGGAGGGGUCGUAGUUGUGGCCAUGUCCCAGAUAGCGACUCCCUCUCAGCCCCAGCCACAACAGUCACAGGUUCCCCUGUUCCCCCAGGAAGGGGUGGUCCAGCUGGAGAGGGCAGUAAGGGAGCUACAGGCUGGAGGUAGCACCACGCUUCAGCAAGUGUUGGAGGCAGCUGUAGCCCAGCAGCAGCUGAACUCAGUGCUGUACAGCCCCACCCCCUCUGCAGACUCCCUUCAGCAGCACGUCCAGGAGAACAUGAAUAGCCUUAGAUUGGGAACCACAGAUAAUUCAUUAUCAACACAGCAACAGCUACAGAUACAACAGCAACAACAGAUACAACAGCAACAGCAUAUACAACAGCAACAGCAUAUACAACAGCAACAACAGAUACAACAGCAACAACAGAUACAACAACAGCAACAGAUACAACAGCAACAGCAGAUACAACAACACCAACAGCAGAUACAACAACAACAACAAAUACAGCAACAGUUUCAACAGCAUCAACAACUGCAGCAACAACAGCAAAUCCUUGGUACCCUCCAGCAUCAACAACAACAACAACAACAACAACAGCAACACUUACAGCCGCAACAGCAGCAAGUUCCUGGCAACAUGCAGAUCCAACAACAACUUAUGUUACAGCCACAUGACCAGCAGCAACUGCAGCAGCAGCAAAUCAUGGAGAAUAUUCAACAGCAACAACAGUUGCAACAAAAUCAGCAACAGCAAGUGCUUAACAACAUCCAACUUCAGGAUCAGCAACAACAAAAUCAAAUACUAACCAAUUUACAGCAACAUCAGCUACAGCAGCAACAGCAACAACAACAACAACAGCAACAGCAGCAGCAGCAGCAGCAGCAAAAUCAAGUGUUGAGCAACAUACAACUGCAAGAGCAGCAGGUGUUGGAGAAUUUACAGCAGUGCCUUCAGGCUGAGUUGCUUCAGCCCCAGAUCCACUCCUCCCCCCAAGGACAGCAGCCAGUGUCCAUCCUUCAACAGGCCGGAGAGCUGCUCACCAUUCAGACCAGCUUCCCAACACAGCCCCCAUCCCACACAUCUCCCCCACAGCAGCUCUUUCAAUCGCCCAGGCCCUUGGCUGAGACCCAGGGCUCUCAACAGCAGGUCCAGGCGGCCCUGCUCCAGAAUACGCUGACUGUUCUGACAAGUGGCAGUCUCAACUCAGAGCAGCAGCCUACAGGGUCAACACUGUACCUGUCCCCAAACCCUCAGCCCCACCAACAGCAACAGCAGCUGGCAUUCAUCUCCUCCAUGGAGACAUCUAACAGCCAGCCCCAGUCUGUUGCUAUGUUUCAGAACCAACCCCAAGCUCAGCUUUCCCAAAUGCAGCAACAGAGCACCCCAAUGGAGCAACAGCAGUCUCCACAGCAGAACCAACAACAGCCAACACAGCUUUCAAUGGGCCAGCAGGGCUCCUUGUUCCAAAGUAUCCCAAACCACUCACAGCCUAACUCUGUCCCCCAGAACCAGCUUUCCCAACCCCAGCAGACAGGUCUCCUCCUCUGCACCACAGAUCUUAACCCCCAGGCUAUUCCCCCAACUAUCCUAUUUAGCACCCAGACCCAAGGCCCUUCCCCUCUGGGGAGCAUUAGCGUUGGAAUCCCCCAGCCAGACACAGCAGAGCCCAUGUCCUUCCAAGACCAGAGCUCCUCAGGCAGCAACUCUACAUCCACUGAGAACCAACAGCAGAGCCUGUACCAGGAACAACAGCCAAUGCAAGUGGGCCUGAGUUCCAGCAGCGUCCCGAGCAGUCAACCUGUGGAGCUGUUCUUGCCACAGACAUCUCUGUCCAGCCUGCAGAGCACUAUUGGCUCACAAGACCUGAACAACCAGGCUCCAGCCCCUGGCACAACCAUCUUUGUGGUACAGGGAGGUGUGAGUGUGGUAGCCAACCCUGGCCAGCAGCCCCCGGAGCAGCUUUUCCAGACAUCAGUCGGUGGGAAUGUGGCUCCACAAGGACAGGCCAACCUGUUUGUGUUUGGCAUCCAGAAUGACUCGCCCCAGCUCCUCAACUCCUCUGGACCCACGCUGCAAGCUCAGGGCCAGCCCCAGAACUCCAGUCACAUGCCUCUGUUAGACCAGCCUAUGGGCCAAGCCUCCUCCACCAUGCACAGCAGCUUACAGAACACCCUUCAGGCACAAAUGCAGUCCAGCUUAGAGAACGCCAUGCAGAGCAGUCUACAGAAUGCAAUGCAGACAAACACGCAAACAUCUCUGCAGUCCACUUUACAGACAACCAUAGAAACAAGCCUGUCAACUCCAAUGCAGACCAAUCUACAAACACAGAUACAGAGCAGCUUACAGAAUCAGUUGCAGGCAUCAAUGUCUGCAUCGUCCAACAUGGAUAAAAUUGAGGACCUAUUGGAAAGCCUACAGAAGCAGUGAUAAAUGUUAGGACCAUGUGGGAACUAAGGAGAGUGAGUGAUAUGUAGCUGAGAGUUGUACAUUCUUACAUCAAUUAACAGAACGGUGGAGUGUGGUGUUUUUUGCCACAAAACUUAAAAAUUAAAUAUUUAAGAAUUAAAUUCCCCUUUUACCUAAAACGCAAAUUAUGAGCUCACAUAACUCCGUUUUUAUGGAAUAGUUACAGCCUUCAUACAUCCAUUGUCCUUGAAUCGAAGAAUUCGCCUUUGUUAUUACCCCUCUUGCAGGAACAGAGAGGCCUGUAAUAACUGCUUUAUCCAUCAGUCUCAGAAAUGCAGUGUUUUCUUGUUAGUGUUUUAAUAAUGUGAGCCUAAGAGAUGAUGAUGAUGAU